AGCCUCGCUCGCGGGGCCGCCCGCGGCGGGCCGGCCCCGGCGGCGGCGGCGGGAUGAAGGGCGCCCCGGGGAGCCCCGUGGCCGCCGCCGGCGCCGCGAUGCAGGAGAGCUUCGGCUGCGUCGUGGCCAACCGCUUCCACCAGCUGCUGGACGACGAGUCGGACCCGUUCGACAUCCUGCGCGAGGCCGAGCGCCGGCGCCAGCAGCAGCUGCAGCGCCGCAGGCGCGACGAGGCGGCGGCGGCGGCGGCGGCGGCGGCCGGGUCCGAGCGCGGCGGCCGGGGCCCCGCGGGGAGCUCGGGCCCGCGGCCCGGCGCGGGCGGCCGCAGGGAGUCCCAGAAGGAGCGCAAGAGCCUCCCGGCGCCCGGCAGCCCCGGCGGGGGCCCGCAGCCGCCCGGCCAGAAGCGGACUCCUAGAAGAGGGGAGCAACAAGGAUGGAAUGACAGCCGGGGAACAGAGGUGAUACUGGAUAGAGCAGAGCGGAGAGCCUACAGGGAAUACCGGCCCUACGAGACUGAGAGGCAGGCGGACUUUACAGCUGAGAAGUUUUCAGAUGGAAAACCAGUGGACAGGUUUGAUCGAGACCGGCCACUGAGAGGACGUGGAGGCCCAAGAGGGGGCAUGAGAAGCAGAGGCAGAGGCGGUCCCGGGAACAGAGCUUUUGAUGCCUUUGACCAGAGAGGGAAACGAGAUUGUGGGAAUGAUAAACUAGCUAUUAGAGCUGAAGACAGCAUGUGUGGAUAUGGAGCUCGUACCUGGGGAACAGGUAAAGACACCAAUGGCGUGGAGUUAACGGCCCCAAAGGAAGAGGCCCCGGUGGAAGAGGAGACCCUGGGCGCCCUGGAGGAGGAGUCUCCACCCAGAGUUCCUGAGUUGGAGGUCGAAGAGGAAACUCAAGUUCAAGAGAUGACUUUAGAUGAGUGGAAGAAUCUUCAAGAACAAACCCGACCAAAACCUGAGUUUAACAUCCGGAAACCAGAGUCCACUGUCCCCUCCAAAGCGGUGGUGAUUCACAGGUCAAAAUACAGAGAUGAUAUGGUAAAGGAUGACUAUGAGGAUGAGUCCCAUGUUUUCCGGAAAGCCGCCAAUGACAUCACAUCCCAGCUGGAGAUUAACUUUGGUAACCUCUCCCGUCCUGGACGUGGAGCCAGAGGUGGUACCCGGGGAGGCCGAGGAAGGACCAGAAGGGCAGAGAACUUCGGGCCCAGAGCAGAAGUAGUGACACAAGACGUUGCCCCCAAUCCGGAUGACCCUGAAGAUUUCCCUGCUCUGGCCUGAAAGAGCAGCACUGGUGUGCCCAUGAAGAGCCAUUUCCCUGGAAACUUGGAGCAGCACUGGUGUACCCAUGAAGAGACUUUCCUUGCUGUGGGGAAGAGUCAAACUCUAAGAACAAUAGAUGUUGCUUUUCGCGA